AUGACCACGCCCUCGGGUAUCUCCAUCACUCUCGGCGCCCCCAUACCCGCCCAUCACCACGCACCACACCCACUGAACCCCCACCCUCAGCUACACGCCCAUGGCCCCGGUCCGUCCACCAGCAUCGCGCCUAACCCGAGCAGCAGCGCGGGCGGCUCUCCUACCCACACCACCUCCCCCAUCACCUUCACGACGCUUACGGCCGGGGCGCUGAAGCGGAAGCAGAGGAGAUACAGGACGACCUUCACCAACUUCCAGCUGGAGGAACUCGAGAGGGCCUUCCACCGCACCCACUACCCCGACGUCUUCUUCAGGGAGGAGCUGGCCAUGCGGAUUGAUCUGACGGAGGCCCGGGUGCAGGUCUGGUUCCAAAACCGAAGGGCAAAGUGGCGGAAGCAGGAGAAGCUGGCGGUGAAGCAUCAGCAGGCAGCAGCAGCUCAGCAGAUAGCGGCAGCGCAGCAGAUGACAGUGGUUCAGCAGGUGUCGGUUAGCCAGCAGGGAGUGAGCACGACGCUAACGGGGAACAAACACGAGCAGGAGACUCCCAGUUUGCCCUCGAUGCCACCAGUCACCACAUCACCGGAAGUUACGUCAUCAUCUGUUGCCCCGCCCACCACCCCGCCCACCAACUCUCAGGCGCAAACCUCCGGCCACCACCUCUCCUUCGGCUCCACGUCGCCGAGUGUGUCCUUGCCUUACCUGGGGAUGGAAUGGGCGUCACCCUUCACAUCGACGCUGUCCACGCCCCCGCCGCCCACCACGCCCACUUCGCACUCCCCGACGCUGCCGCCCGCGCCCUCGCCCGUCCUCACCAACCCGUACUACCUGGGUGUCCGCCCACCGGACAUUGAGACCGCCGAGGACGAAAAGCCGCCCAUGCUCGGCCAGUCCUUCACUCCCACCGGACUGUCCUUCUCCGCCUGCCUGACGCCCACGAGCCUGAGUCUCACGCCCGCCAGCCUCCCCCUGGCUCCCUCCACCAUCGCCCUGCCGCCCUCGAGCCUCUCCCUGUCACCUAACACGCUCAGCCUCACGCCCACGACGCUCCCGAUCACGCCCACCACCCUGUCUUUGUCGCCCUCCAGCCUCAACCUCACGCCCACCAGUUUAUCGCAGCUGAGGAUGCGCGCGCGCGAGCACACCUCUUCCUUCAUCAACCUGGGCUCGGAAUGA